AUGUGCACUGCCUUUGCAUCUGGAAUUAUUCAUAUGCGUCCCAUAUGCAUGUUACCCCGAAGUGAAAUUCAUGAUAAUUCUGAACCGAAAUAUUAUCCCGAAAUCAAUUUAGGUAAGGAUGGUUUUAAUACAUCUAACCCGCUAUCACGGUACGCAACUACAUCGGGUAGUGUUUUACUGCCGGUCGAAGAAAGCGUAUUGAAACGCGUUGUACGUACAUAUUUCGAAUAUGGGUUUAAAGAAGCCCUUAAUGAAGCUACAACAGAUGAAACAGCCGCUUGCAGUCCAACAAUUUUUGCCAUUGCAGAGUUUAUAUUUAGCGUUAUGGCAUUUGUGCAAUACUUGAAAAGUAAGAUAUGCCCGUACCUGAAAGAAUCAGACAUUAACAACAUAGCUAAUCAUGUGGAAACAAGAGAUUGGUUGCGCGCCGCUAUUAGAUUUAUUGCUUGGCAUCCGAAUUGUUUUAAGAUUGCUGUAGCCGGUGUGGAUGAUUGUAUACGGAUCUAUUCGGAUGAAGUUUCCAUUGUUCCAGUAUUAAAGGAUGAUUCGCAAAUAUGGAUUACCAGCAUGGCUUGGCGGCCUUACUGUGCUGCCGAAUUAGCUGUAGGAUGUCAAAAAGGCAUUUGUCUGUGGACAAUAAGCAACACAAAACGUAUUCCAUCUUCUCAAUCGCUGAUGGUAUUCUUGAAAUAUAAUAAUCACUGUCCCGUUAUCUCUGUACAAUGGAAUGCGGAUGGGAAUAUAUUGGCUUCAGCUUCAAUCCACGACACUGACAUUUUAUUAUGGCAUAUAGAUAAUAUGCAAACCACUCCGUUAAAGCGAAUGGGGUCAGCUUGUUCUUUAUUAAAGUGGUCGCCAGACGGCUCGUGUUUAUUUAACGCUACGUUAGGUAAUGUCUUUCGAUUUUGGUAUAUUGAAAACAAAUGGCAACCUGAACGUUGGACAUUGCCAAAGGGUUAUAUACAAUCGGCGUGCUGGUCACCUUCUAGUCGUUUCCUACUAUUUAUUACAUCAGAAGAGCCAUUGCUCUAUUGCUUAGAUUGUGAUGAGGAGCACGUAUUCAUAUCUUCUUCAAGUCAAAAACGGGUUUCGCCUAUUGCUGACUUAGCGCAAAUCUCCGUUGGAGAACAUCAACUAGGUGGCAGACCUCAAGCCUUAGCCUGGGAUCCCAACGGCUUAUAUUUGGCAAUAACUUUUCGAGAUACAGAUUGCGUCGUUCUAUUUUCAACAUACUUGCAAAAAUAUAACCUCACUUUAUCGCCUAUGAAAUUCUUAAACGGCAUUGGCAACGAAUAUCCCGCUCACAUAUGCUUUCAAAGCAAAAAUUUUAAAAAUUCCAAUUCCGUGCUUACUAUCGGUUGGUCUGGUGGGUGGGUACAAUUUGUCCCGCUGGCGAAUAUGUAA